GUCAGGGAGAAGUAGUGAUAAGAGCAGAUAAAAAUAGCAGCAGUAUACAUUUACACAUGAGCACACAGGAAGAAAAAAGUGAUUGGAAAAAGUGAUCAAUGGAUGCUGGAUGUAUAAUUUUUCCUAGAAGUCGUCGCUCCUCCCUGACCAUGUGAUGCAGGUCAAACACAAGAUAGAGAGGACAACCUUACCUUCCUCCCCUUACAGAGAUUAGAGCGCAACAAAUAUACCCGAGUGCUGAAGAAGAAGUCAGACAACAAGAGUUUCAUUUUGUUAGCCCGAGAGGAGUUUGGGAUUUUUUUAUGUCUAUACCAUAAAGAGAUCUGAAGACAAAUGUGCUAAUGACGGCUGAUACGCUACUGGAACGGUGGAAUAGAGGAAAUACAGAGAAAGAUUCCUGCAUGGAUGAAGAAAGGGAAUCUCCACCACACAAAAAAUUGGCCCAUUCAAUUGAAGAAAUACUGAGGAGGCCCACAUGUGUCAGGAAAGAGAAAAGGGUUCAUCGUGACUGGUCUGUUAUCAAGGAGAACACCAGAACUUUUAACCAGCUCUCAUGCGCAGAAACCCCACAAAUCAGACUAGAGUCUCCAAAAGCCACCACAGAAUGCACAAGUCAGAGAAAAAAGAGGCAAACAAGGGUCACUUUCACACCGUUCCAGGUGCAGGAGCUGGAGAAAGUCUUCCAACAGAGUCACUACCCAGACGUCAACACAAGAGACCAGUUAGCCUCUGACCUGCACCUUACUGAGGGCCGAAUACAGAUUUGGUUCCAGAAUCGCAGAGCCAAAUGGAGGAAGGCGGAAACACUAAAGGAUAUAGAACCGAUGAUGAACCAGCACGUACAGUCAGCCAGUCAUCCACUGUAUUAUUAUGAGCUCUUACAGACACCUCAGCUUCAGGCAGGGUGCUGGCUGCCAUGCUGUUUACCUAAACCCUUUCAAUCAAGGCUGUUCAUCAGAGGCACAUCAACACCCGCUUUGCUGAUCAACACACAUUCCCCAGAUCACAGGACUCUGUAUUUUGACCCGCUGGGAACAGACAGAUAGCACUUUUAGUAUUCUUACAAAUGAUGUCAGUGUUAUUGAUGUGGUACAAAAAUCAUAAUGAUCAUAGUGUACUACUGUGAUCUGUAAACUACAAUAACUGUUUAAUUGAUGUGUCAUGGUGCAAAGUAUACUGUGCUGUCGUGACCUGAAACUUAA